CGCCACUUGCAGUAUCUUGAACUGGCCGUUCACGGCGAAACUCAGUUUCCGUCCUUGUGCUGAUUCUGAUGCUGAAGCUAAACAGAUACCAACCAAAGACACGGAGAGGAGAAAGAAGUCAAACAAUCUUGUGUUUGUUUUGUUGUCCGCCAUUGUUAUGGCUCCCGUAUAGUCGAGAAGGUGGAUUUGAUUGUAGUCUCAGUGCAUAAAUAUAUAAGCAAUCUUGUGUAGGAAGGGACCCAUGAAAACAAAAAGUAUACAUGUUUAGUCUUUGGUUAAAUAAUUAACAUUAGCAUUUAUCUGCGACAUCGUUAUCUCUUAAACAUUGCUCUAAUCCAUUGAGUGGUCUCUUAAUUAAUUUAAACAGCAUCAAUCUGGCAUAUUCGGCAUUAUGGGAGCCAUGGAGGAAGUCUCAAUGCGUUUCUUAUACUGGAUUUCACUUUCUCCUUGUUAGAGAUAAACUUAAGAUAAACAUAAAGAAUAACUUGGAGAUCAAGUCAUACUUAUACUUAUCCUAUUCGAAUUAUGUUUAGAAUAAUGGGUUUUACUACAAGUUAGUUUAGGAGUUUUAUGUCUCUAUAUAAAAAGAUGGGUGAGUUAUGCCAUGAACUUGUGAGAUUAAAGAUGAUUCGUGAGAGUUUAAGUUUUGAAGAAUUUUCUUGAGCUAGUAAAGUGUGAGUUCUAUAAUCUUGAGUUUCAUACACAUACGUUUGGAUAAGAAUCCUCACAUUUCUUUUCAUUUGUGAUUUUCAAAUUUGUGUUUUUAAAAAAGGCAAAUUGGAGGCUUUCCACUAAUGAUAUCGCUUUUUCAUUAUUAUUAUUUUUUGGGAAAAUUGGAAAUAUGGAAUAAAAAGACAAGUAGAUUGUCCCUUUGCCAUAAUAUGAAUUAUAAGUUGUCCUAAUGUCAUAAUGUUUUCUGUAAACCCAAUUAAACCCCUAAUCUAAUCUUUUAAACGUUUUUGUUAAUUUAAUUAUGUUAAAAAAAUAUUAUUAUUAUUUUUAAUUAAUUUAAUUAUUAAAAAAAAAAUACAAAAGGGGAAAAUCGACCAAAAUUUCCCCCAAGCUCGACGAACCCUAAUUGCUCUCUCCUCCUUUGGCGACAGAGAGAAAGGACGAUUUGAAGGGGAUCUCGCCGUCGCCGGUGUCGUUUUGGCCGGUAAUACUCCGCCGGUGUUCUUCUUCUUCUUAAUCGAAGUCUCAGAGACCUCGUCUCACUUCGCGACUCGUUCUCAAUUAAGUCGCCGAAGACCGCUGAAGCUCGUACCUCGCCGAUAACUGAACUCGUGCCUCACCGCUCCGCUCUCACUCUCUCAGCCAUAGUUUCAAGCAAACCAAUCGAUUCUCCUCAGGUUUGUUUAUGAAUUUUUUGCAUGUCUUUGUAUCUCUUACUUGAGCUUGUUUAAGAUCGAUUUUGAAUGUCAUAAGUUUCGAUUCUUUUUUCUGUGAAUUAUUAUUUAGGCUUCAAUCUUAUCAAAAUUUCCUACUUUUUUGAGCUUUGGUUAAUUUGUUUUUGUAGCAACCGAUCUCUAGUGAUUGUGUUUCUUAUCAAAAUUUCCUACUUUUUUGAGCUUUGGUUAAUUCUCUUGUUUUAUCUUGUGAAUUAUAUUAUGAUGCAUGCGUUUAUAAAUAUUGACUGUAGUGAUUGUGUUUCUUGCAUUGUUUAUAGGUAUGACAAUUGAUCAGUUGCCUAAAUGCUUAUUCAAAGAGGGAACUGAAACACAAGUUGAGAAGGUCAACAACAGUUGUCGAACUUCCAUACUUGCGAAGGUGGCGAAGUACUGUCCAGACGAGUACAAAGAAGUGUCGGAGGAUCCGCUAUUUGCUCAGAUUGUGGCCAUUCAUGUACACAAGCUUCAGUUUUCGGCAAGAGCGAUCCACACCUUCGUUUGCAAGCAGCUUCUGUCCGCAAAGCGUUAUGAGUUGUGGUUCCAUUAUGCUAGGAGGCCUCUCAGAUUUUCAAUGCAAGAAUUCUAUGCCAUCACAGGUUUGAAAUACAAAGACGAGCCCGACUUGGAGAUUGAUGACUGGGCAUAUGAUGGAGGGUUUUGGAGUAAGUUGCUAAGGAGACAGAAAAAUAUUUCGGUUCAGCAAAUCAGGAAGGUUCAUGUGAAGUUGUGUAAUACAUGGUCUCGUGUUGAUAGGCUGCGGUUGGUCUAUUUGUGUGUGAUUGCUGGUAUUCUUAUGGCGAAGGAUGAGAAGGUGUGGAUCCCAUACAAGUACAUCAAGCUCGUGAUGAACUUCGAGAAGAUGAGGAAAUAUCCGUGGGGUCUUCACUCUUUUGAUAUGCUGGUGAGUUCCAUUAUCAACGCUAGGGAUAAAGUGAAGACGCAAAACAGUUAUGUCGUAGAUGGAUUCUCGUAUGCACUUCAGAUUUGGUUGAUGGAAGCUGUUCCGGACAUUGGGUCUCUUUUGGGUCAGAAACUGAGAGAAGGCGUGACUACCAUGAGGUGCAGGAAUUGGAAAGGAUCUGCUAAGAUUUCCUAUGAGGAUAUUAUUACCAUAGAGUCUAAUUUUGCUUCCACCGGAGAUGUGUUUCCAUCCAUUUCUACAUCUGGAAAUUUCAAAGACGUGAUUACUGAUGCCGAGUUUGUUCGAGCCUGUGAGAUGAAGGAUGAAAGAGUUGAUCUAAUCAUUGACAUGCAGCGAAACAAGUAUGACUGGAGUAAGCAUGUUUGGGCUUAUAAGGAAACAGUGAAACCAUUUCAGUACAGUUCUGAGGAAGAUGGUUCAGAUGAGGAAGCGGCUGUAGAGACAAGUGAAACUGAAAUUGAAGAAGAAAUAGAAAGCACCCGUGUGUCUCCUACUAAGAAGAGGAAGAACAGGUUUCGGGAUACUGGUGCGGAGUCGAGGAAGAAGAGGUUACUUUGCCAAAGAUCAACCGAGAAAUAUAGAGAUCUUGAAGAGGAAAUGAAGUCCUAUAUCCAGAGUAUGUUUAACUCUUCUUUUACUGCCUUAGGCCUCGAGGUACGCGAGAUUAUUGAAGACCGCUUUACCAAAUUAGAGGAGAAGAUCCUUUCAUCUCAGACUCAGGGUGGUGCGCCUGCUAAUACUCAGACUCGUGGUACUGAUCCGUUUUGGACUCCUUCUGCUGCUGCUGCUGCUGCCACUGCUCCGGCUUCGGUUUCUGGUCGUCCUCCUGCUCCUACUCGGGCUUCUACCGAAGCUCCUGCAUCAGUUUCUACUCGUGGUCUUGCUCCUUCUCGCAGUGCGGCUUCUGCUCCUUAUCGCAGUCGAGCUUCUGCGACUGCUCACAAUGGUGGGCCUGCGAAUGCUGCGAAGACAAGGUCUCAGACAAAGGUAAACAAGAAGUAGAUCAUUUUUCAUGUCUUCGGUUGCUGUUAUAUUUUCAUGUCUUUGGUUGCUUUUCUUUUUCAUGUACUCGGUUUGCGGUUUGUAAUAUUAUUUUAAGGAUGAUGUUGUCUUUGCUGUGUGUAAUAAUUAUGUAAGGAUGAUGUUUUGGAUGGAAUCUUUCUUUUAAAAAUAUUAAUGUCAUGUUUUGUGUUUUAUAACCAGGAUGCAGAUUUGUCUGAUGUGUUUGGCAGCUUAUUUAGCACCUUAGAUGUGAAUAUAGGGACCCAAGAGUACUUACAGAAGACAAUGGGUAACCUUACACAAGAGUCAAAUGUUGACGGUUUUGAUCCAUCUCAAGACAAGCAGUCCGAAGGACCUUCUGAUUUCACUACGCCAAUGACUUCGUUUCGGCCACAGAUCUUCAAAACACCAUUCUUGGUUGAUAGUGAUGAUCUAGAAGUUCGUUGCAAAGCGAAAGACUACGAGCUAGUUUUCCUUCCAGAAGAGAAAUGGGCCAAACUAACUGAAUGGACAUUGAAUCCCACGUAAGUUAUUUGAAUUGUUUUAUUUAUUUUUCCUCAAAUCUACCUCUUCACUAACAUCACAGCAAUGCUUUCUUUUUACAGAGUACUUCAGAUUGGGCCAUCUACAUUUGAUGCAGAGUUAGCCUCGCGGAUUAUUGGGCCUAAUAUUUGGUUGAAGAACUUUGUGAGUUUAGCUCUGAAAUAUUUUGCAGAUUGCUUUUUGUUGUUGGUUCUCAUUCCUAAACAAAAUUGUAUUGUCUUUUUCAGGACAUGGACGCCAUGAUGUAUUUGUUUCGGGAGAAAACCACAUUGCGUCGGUGGAGUCCAGACCGAGUCGCAUUUUUGAACUGUAUGUUCAGUAAUCAGAUUAUCACGGCCUAUGGGAAGUUUGAUGGAAACAGGAGAGGGUACAAAAUCGACGACAAUUUUCUCGAGUAUGGAAGAGGCGAGCUUCCAUAUCAUGGAAGCACAGGUUCAGUAUGGAGCGUUGAUGUCGAUCGUCUCUACAUCCCUAUAUGUGUUAACCAAAUCCACUGGAUCUCUAUUUGCGUCAAUCUUGUGAACCGGACAAUUGAUGUCUUCGAUUGUGGGGGUAAGAAGAACAACAGGGUCAUCGAAGCUUUUGCCGUCCUCAUUCCACGAAUCGUCAAGGCAGUCCAGUCGCCAGAGAGGAAGAAAGAUUUCAAUGUGAAACAGUAUACUGUUUCAUAUGUCCCCAUGCGCGGCCUAAACAUGAGUGGUAAUGAUUGUGGUGCUUAUUCAUUGAAGUUCAUAGAGUGCCAUCUACUUGGAUUAGAUUUCUCAUUGGUGAACGACGAGAACAUCAAAGAAGCCCGACACAAGAUAGCUUUUGAUCUUUGGGAAGCAGCAAAUGAUGCGGUCUUGCAAUCUCGGAUGUCUACAUUUAAGCCUCCAAAACGUGCUCCGGUGAAACCUGUUGACCUCGGUUGACUUCAUGAUUUUUAGCUUGAUCCUCUUAGAUUUCAAGUUUGUUUCUUCUUUGGGUUUAAGACAUGGUUAAUUGAUUCUUACAUUACUCUUAUUGUUAUGGAAUUAUUGGUUUUUCUACUAUUUUACUGUUUCAUGAAUUACUUUAAGGAAAUAAAUCACAUAGGGUGUCAUUAUAUACUCUAAACCCUAAAAUACCGUAAACCCUAAAUCAGCUCCGAUUCAUACUCUAGAACCUAAAGUAACUUUGAUUCAUACCCUAAACCGUUUAUUAGCUAUGAUUCAUACACUAAACCGUUUAUUAGCUAUGAUUCAUACCCUAAAUCCUACAUUAACUAUGAUUCAUACCCUACACCCUAAAUUAGCUUGAAGUUAUAUCAAAAACUUUAGUAUAGAUAGGUUUCAAAUACAAUACCCUAAAUCACAUAAAGAAAGAAAAAUAAUUUUUUGUUUUAAAAAAUAAAAAUUAAGUAUA